GUAUAGGCAUCUGUGACCGCGUUCGAGUUACAGUCAUCAGUCGAGAGCCGGAGUUGGGUCUGAUCAGACCCACAGCACUCUGACAAGGUUUCUUGAACGGAAAAGUAGAAACACACUUUCACCGUACAAGAUGCUGAGGAAAACGAUUCUCGUUUUCGCGGCGCUCAUUGUGCUUGCCAGUGCCACGUUAGUUAAUCAAUGUGAUUCUGAUCUCCAAUUCGAAGAUACCGAACAAAUCAAAAUAUCCAACUGUGACAAACCUGAAUGUCUAUUAAAACAGGGAUCAACUGUCAAUAUAGAAAUGAAACUCGUGCCUAAUAGAGAUAUUCAAAGUUUAACUAAUAACGUGCAGGGAAUUAUUAACAUCUUACCCAUACCGUUCAUAGGAGUUGAUGGAACAAAUGCCUGUGAUAAUAUUUACAACACUGAUGGUAACAAAAUCGGUUGUCCCUUAAAGAAAGGCGAACAAUAUAUAUACAAAAACAGUUUCCCUAUUUUAUCAAUAUAUCCCAGGAUUUCAGUAACCGUACAUUAUGCAUUGAAAGAAGGAAAUGACAGAAUUAUGUGCUUCGAAGUACCAGCGAAAAUUACGAAAUAAAAUACUUCAUUUUGUUGAUUUCGACAUAUUACAAUUAAAAAUACGCAUAGUCAAUGUAACUCUGAGCUUAUGUAAUUUAAUUGGCUGAUAUUAUGUAGCAUUGUAUGCAAAUAAUCCUUUCGAUACAGAAUAUUGUGUAAUGUAUAAAUACAUUUUUUUAAUAAAAUAAUUUUCUAUUUUA